GACAGGUAAGAAGAAGAAGAAGACUAACCUUUAUCUAUGAUUUAACGAAAAUGGCUUUAAUUACGCGAAUUCUUUCCACAGCCAGUAAAAUCUCAUUUUCUAACAACAUAAGACUUUUAUCAACACAAAAGUUUGCAAAUAUAACCCCAUCUUUUUCACAAAUUACCUUCAAUAGCAACAACUGGAUAUACAGGGAAAAUGAUAGGAUACAGGCGCCGAUAAACAAGACCAAAAUCGAUAUACCCAAAGGAUUUAAUUAUAUACAGCCAUUAAUUGAACCAUUGCAAAAUUUAGUGAUCGAAGCGCCUUCAACAGUAAAUUCUGAUGUAACAAUUGAAGCGGCGAGGUUGAUUGUUAUUAGAAGGAAGAAAAUGAAGAAACAUAAGUUGAGGAAGCUGAGGAAACGCAUGAAGUUUGAAUGGGCAAAGGUGAGGCAAAGAAGGGAAAUGAAGAAAGAGAAGUUGUUCCAAGCAGAGUUAAUACAGCAAUGUAAAGAAGCUGAAGCUUUUUCUGCUGAACAAUAUGUCGAAGAUAAGCUAAAUAAACUUAAUGAAAUUGUUAUACCACGGUACUGGAAAGGUAAACGAUUGCCUGAGUUUAUUAUAAGAGAAAAAAUGGGUUUGCCGCCGAAAUAGUAAGUAAUUGUUGAUAUUUGUGUAAAGGAUAAUAAAAAGUUGUUUUUA